AUGACGCCUCUGGGCUGGGCUGGGCUGGGCUGGGCUGCACGGACGGAGGGAGGGAGGUACGGAGGGAGGCGGUGCGGCUGCCUUGGCGGGAGGCCGCGCGCGGGGCGCCGGCCCGGCCGCCCUCACAGCCGCCGUACCCGCUGCUCGGCCCGCUCCAGCGCUCAGCUCCGGGCAGGACGGAGCGUACCUGGCGAGCGGGAGAGAUCCUGCUGGCAUCGCCCGCGCUGCUUCCCUGCACCUCCCGGGAGCGGCGGCCUUGGCAGAGCUGAGGUCCGCAGUCCCUGUGUUGCACAGACUAGCGAUGAGUUGAUGCCAGCCAGCUCCGAGAUGGACCUGUCACUGUCCGAGGCUGAGCACCAUCAGCAAUGGAGGCAGCACCUCUGGAUAACAGAUUUAAGAAAUGAGGAAAAAGACCCCGAACAACAGAAAUUGCAGCCAAGGAGAGGAGUGAGCGGAACAGCUCUGCAGACACCAAGCUCAGUGAGGAAGGAGGGAAGCAGGUGCUACAGGCUCUGGAGCAGAGGUUCCCCUGCAGCCCCUGGAGCAGACCAUGGGGAGGCAGCUGUACCCCUGCAACCCAAGGAGGUCCCUGGUGAAACAGAUCCACCUGCAGCCCCUGGAGGAACCCACACCAGAGCAGGUGGGUGCCUGCAGGAACCUGUGGCCCCACUAGGGGCCUGUGCUGGAGCAGACGCUUGGCAAGACUGGGAGGCAAGAGAGGAGCCCCACUGCAACAGGUUUGCUGCAGGAUUUGUGACCCUGCAGGGAACCUACACUUUAACAGGUGGUGCCUGAAGGGCUGGACCCCAUGGAAGGGACCCACACUGGAGCAGUUCAUGAAGAACUGCAGGUUCUGUAAAGGACACUGGAGAAGUCACUGUAAGACUCUCCUGGAAGGAAGUACCCUAUGCUGGAGCAGGGGGAAGAGUGUGAGGAGCCCCCCCCCUCCAAGGAGGAAGGAGCAGCAGAGACAGUAUGUGAUGAACUGACUGCAACCCCCAUUCACUCACACCCUCUGCACCACUGGAGGAGAGGAGGUAGAAAAUUUGUGAGUGGAAUUGAGCCCAGGAAGAAGGAAGGUGGUGGGGAAAGGUACUUAAAGAUUUAGUUCUCAUUAUCCCACUCUGAUUUCAUUGGUAAUAAAAUAAACUAAUUUCUCCAAGUGGA